AUGAGGUCUGUGAUCAUUCUAUUAACUCUGGCUUAUCACACCUACUGUGAAGGUCUUGGUGAAAAUCUAAUUAGAAAUUUACAAGCAAUUGGGAUUGGAUAAGGAAGCGGUACAGGGAUAGCAACUUCAAAUGGAACAGGCGGCACUGCGAUUGGUCAAGGAUUUGGCUCUGGAAUAGGUCUUGCUUCAGGUGGUAACUCUACUGGAAUCGGGAGUGGUACAGGUACAGGAGUAGCCUAGGUUUCUGGAGGAGGGACUGCAGUUGGUACAGGUUCAGGUACAGGAAUAGGCAUAGCUGGUGGAGGAUAAUAAGGAAAUCUUUGUGCAUGUUUGGUACCAUGUGCAUGUCCCUGGGAAACAGUAUCUAGUGGAAGAUGUAGCUGCGCCAAAUUAGAUUGUCCAUGUCCCACUUAAGAACCGAGUUAAUCAAUACCACCUCCAAGUAAUGCAACUCAAUGUGAGACUUGUACCACUUAAAUUCCAACUACAACUUCAGCAACUUAGACUUCUUCUCCAUCACCAUAUCCGAUUACCACAUCUGAGCAAAUGUAUCCGACCACACAGGCUCCGUAUUAUAACAAUACUACUGAAGCCCCUACUUAAACAUAAACACCUUAACCAACUGAGACUACAGAAACUCAGACAACACAAACUCCGGUACCAGUGCCAAUAACUACUGGAAAUUAUUCAUCAGAUUAGUGCAUCAGUGGGUGCAUUAGAAAUGAUCUAGAACAAUCGAUUUAUGGGGGUGACAGAUCUAAAUGCGGAUGCGGAAACCAAAACGAUCUACUCUACUUAUGUCCCUGCUUUUAUAUAGGGUUCUCGCCAGCUAUAAAUGCUACUGCUACAGGGAUUGGUGUUGGGACAGGAAUAGGAAUUGCAAAUUAGAAUAACUAAGGAUAAAAUUAAGGAAUGGGAGGUGGUUAAUAAGACUAGACAGAAAAUAAUAAUUUAAAUAAUUAAACUUAUCAUGACAGUGGAAAAUAUAAAUGUGAGAUUAAUUAAUAUUUACAAUUAACUUUAGGUAGAGAAAAUUAGAAUCCUGACAGCUAAACUGGAAACGGAGGACAGUCUAAUUAAAAUGGACAGUCACAAAAUUAACAAAAUCAAUAAAAUCAGAGUAACAAUCCCGGUGGGGGACAAUCAAUAGGAAUCGGAACAGGUGUAGGAAUCGGUACAGCCACAAUUAUAAUCCCUGGGUCAAAUGGCACUGCCUAUGCAUUUAAUUAAACUCUAGUAAAUCAAGUAAUCAAUCCCUCAUGCGGAGUAAAUUCAACCUUCCUUAAGAACAACGGACUAUGUAUCAGUCCCUUCCCCUGUCCCUAUGGAAGCUUCGUUUAAGGCACUGGAGCAUAAUAGGCACCAAUAGUUGCGAAUGCAGAAGGUACAGGUCAAGGAAUUGGAGUAGGGGUCGGUGGAAGAUUAUUAUGA